GGCGGUUCAUGACGUACGGAACGUAGUCUGCUAUCAGGUAGUCUCGGGGUGUGUCUUUCAAGGUUGUAGGUGUUAUCCGACAUUAAAGAAGUUGUUGUAGGGAGACUGCUACAGAAGAGUAAAGCUCCGUGUAAACUACACAGACAUGGAUUUAACUCGGUUAUUGGCGCUAUUGUUGAUUUCCUGCUGCUUUUCUUCAAAUUCCGCAGGUAAAUCACGGGGGUUCUUUGGGGUAAAGGACCUUGAAAACCCAGAACAAGUUGUUGUGGACAAGGCAACAUCAGACAUACUGAAGAGUAAUCUCACCACGGUCUUCCUCCCUAUCGUCUACAUCAUCGUGUUUGUGGUAGGACUUCCUGCCAACGGCAUGGCCAUCUGGGUGUUUCUCUUCAGGACCAAAAAGAAGCACCCGUCGUCCAUCUACAUGGCCAAUUUAGCUCUGGCUGACCUGCUCUUUGUCAUUUGGAUACCCCUAAAAAUUUCCUACCAUUUGAACGGCAACAACUGGAUCUACGGCGAGCCGCUGUGCAAAGUCUUUGUGAGCUUCUUCUACGGAAACAUGUACUGCUCUGUCCUGUUCAUCGCCUGCCUCAGUGUGCAGAGGUACUGGGUGGUGGCUCACCCUCUGUCCCAGCAGAGGAAGAACAACAAAGUGGCUGUUGGAGUCUGCGUCGCCAUCUGGGCUUUCAUCUGGCUCACCAGCACGCCACUGUACCUAUAUGACCACACCGCCAAACUCAAAGACCCCAACAUCACCACCUGCCACGAUGUCAACAUCAUACAGGACGCCCUUAACCCAUUCCCCUCUGUGCAGCUCCCUUACUACUACUUCAUCUUCAUGGGAUUGGUGGUGUUCCUCAUCCCCUGCGUUGUGAUCAUCGUGGCUUACGUUCUGCUUCUCAGGGCUCUGGGAAACAGCAUGGAGGCCAGCACGGCAUCAAAGAACCGCAAUAGAGCCGUGGUGUUGAUCGUGACCGUCCUGGUGACGUUCCUAGUGUGCUUCAUCCCGAGUAACAUCAUGCUUGUGGUGCACUACUCUCUGCUGAAGGAUGGCGUGUUGAAUAAUGGUUACGGCUUCUACAUCUCCACCUUGUGCCUGGCCAGCCUCAACAGCAUCCUGGAUCCAUUUAUCUACUACUUUGUGUCCGAGGACUUCAGGAACCACGUGAAGAACACUCUGCGGUGCCGGAGCAGCAGGACGGUGGAGAGGAUGAGGGUUUCAUUCAGCUCCAUGCAAUACUCCAGGAAGAGCAAGGCGUACAUGUCGGAGAGUGGGAACACGCAGAGCAGCACCUGUUAGAGGAGCGACGGAUGAAGGAGAGCAAAGACAGACUCGGGUGGGAUAUCAUGCCUGUGCUUAUACUGAAAGCACGGCAUCACACAGACCGUGCAGCCCUGGGACACACAAAGGUCUCUAAUAAUGGCCCGUUAGUCAUAACCAGGUAACCUCAAAGAUUACCAAAGAUGAACAAUAAAUGUGAAGAUGACUGCUGGGAUGAGAGAGGAGUCCAGGACUUGUAUAUGAGCUGUUGUUUAAUGUUCAAAUGUGAAACAUGAAUACAUAUUUUCCGUUAUAUGUGUGUGUGUGUGUGUGUGUGUGUGUGUGUGUGUGUGUGUGUGUGUGCAUAUAUAUAUUGAGAGAAGGCUUGUUGAAGACUGAGAUGUAGUUCUCAGAAUAUUUGCCAAGAUUGUGACUGACUAGUUCACUGCACUGAAGACCAUUUAAAGUAGGGCUGCAAGUCGCGAUUAUUAUAUUAUCGAUUAAUCUGCCAAAUAUUUUCUCGAUUAAUCAAAUGGUAAAAAGAAAAGUCUUUGCCAGUUCCUCAAAUUCAAAGGUGAUAUCUUUUUUUUUUUUUUUUAAAUGUCUCGUUUGUCAUUCAAAACACAAAGAUAUUCAGUUUAAUAUGACAUAAAACAGAAAGAAGCAGGAAUUCUCCACAUGUGUGAGGCUGAAAGCAGCUUUGUCUGCCAUUUGUACAUGAAGAAUUACUUUUAACAAUUCAUUGAUUAUCAGAAAAUGAACAUCUGUAAUGAAAUGAACUGGAUGUGGAAUAUAACAAGUGACAACAGAACUUGCUUAAUAUUCAUUCCUGUUUUUCCUGCAGCCAACAUGUUUUAUCCCUCCAUUUUAAACCAUGUGUACUAAAGUGUUGAUUUACUUUUGAGUUUGGUGAUGCUGUUACAUCUUUUCUUAAAUAAAUGGUCAAAUGACA